CGUGUUUAGAAACUGAAUAGGAAGCUGGUGCACAUUAGCUUUGGAUUAGUCUUCAUGCUUUGCUGGCCUCUGUUCAGUUCUGGUCAUGCUGGAGCAGUUGUAGCAUCUCUCAUUCCUAGUAUGAAUGUCGUCAACAUGCUUCUUUUGGGAUCCGGGAUACGGAAGGACGAUGCAACUGUCAAGUCGAUGACUAGGACCAAUGACCAUAGGGAGCUACUGAAGGGGCCGUUGUGUUAUAUUUCUGCACUGACACUUGUCACCGCAUUCUACUGGCGAACGUCUCCUAUCGCGAUUGCAGUAUUCUGCAACCUGUGUGCUGGUGAUGGAGUGGCUGACAUUAUUGGGAGGCGGUUAGGGCACAAAAAACUUCCCUACAACAGAGACAAGUCCGUGGCUGGUACUGUCGCGAUGGCAUGUGCCGGUUUCUUGGCUUCUGUUGGAUACAUGCUCUACUUUUCGGGGUUGGGCUACAUUGAAGCAAGCUUUGAAUUGGUGAUUAAGUUUAUGGUAGUGUCCAUUGCUUCUGCAUUAGUUGAAUCUCACCCUAAAAGCACUCAACUUGAUGACAAUUUCACAGUACCAUUGGCUGUCUUCUUGCUUGGCACUUUGCUCUUUUGACCAUGUAACAUCACUUCUUUACAUAUUUCUCAGUAGUACUAUAUGUCUUCUUCUCGUGAGAAUAAUGUUUGCUCUCUAUUAGCUUGUAGCAGUAUGUAAUAGCACUCACGUGCGCUCUCUCACCGAGCAUAUGAACUAUCUAGUAAAUUUAUCGAGAUGAAUAUCAUUUUGUACUGGCAA